UCUGCCUCAGUUUUCCAGUUUCUGAUUUACCACGAGAAGCCAUCCUUCGUUAAAAUCGUAUUGCCAGCCUAUGGAGAACAAAAAACUGAAUAAAAUAGUGGACAUACUGUGAACCCCGCUCCAGUAUGAGGCAUGGAGGGUCAGAAUGUAACAAGAGUGGUCCUGCUGGCCUGCGGGUCGUUCAACCCCAUCACCAACAUGCACCUGAGGAUGUUUGAACUGGCUCGAGAUCAUCUGGAAGACUCAGGUCAGUACCAGGUGGUGAAGGGCAUCAUCUCGCCGGUGGGUGAUGCUUAUAAGAAAAAGGGAUUGAUUGAGGCCUCCCACCGGCUGGAGAUGGUCAGAUUGGCAACAGAGAACUCAGACUGGAUCACAGUAGAUUCCUGGGAGAGCUUGCAGCCGGAGUGGAUGGAGACGGCUAAAGUUGUUCGGCAUCACUAUGAUGAACUUCUCGCAGCAGAGCAGAACUGCGACGAUGUGGACACCGUCAAGUGUGCGAAGAAGAGACGUAUACAGGAGGAUUAUUUUGAGGGUUCGUCUAAUCACAAGGGGAGAGACAGCCCUCGGCUGAUGUUACUGUGUGGGGCUGAUGUCCUGGAGUCCUUUGGGAUCCCCAAUAUGUGGAAGCAGGAAGAUAUCGCUGAGAUUGUUGGACGCUACGGUUUGGUUUGCAUCACCCGUAGUGGCAAUGACCCUCACAAGUUCAUCCACCAAUCAGACAUGCUGUGGAAGUACCGCAGGAACAUCCAUAUGGUCCACGAAUGGGUGACCAAUGAGAUCUCAGCCACUCACGUGCGCCGGGCGCUGCGUCGAGGUCGGAGCGUCAGGUACCUGCUGCCAGACAGUGUGGUUCAUUACAUACAAGAGCACAACCUCUACAGUGCCGAGAGCGAGCAGAAAAAUGCAGACGUGGUUCUAGCACCCCUUCAAAGAUACACCGGCGCCUCCUCGAACUGAGGAAGUCUGCUGCUGCAGCUGAAACAGAAGCUGUCUGCUCUGAGUGCUGUGGGUUGGGUUAGGCAAAAUUCAGACAGUUUAUUUGAGCUUCCACCAGUGCCUGCCAUACAGAAUAGUCUUUUUAAAAUCUCUUCUUAAUAAUGAGUGUGUGUGUGUGUUUUUAUGACAAUAAAUCUGUGAAGACUUUUGUAAGUUAGGUGAUUUAGUAACUUGUUUCACUUUGCUUUAAAGUGCUUGUGUGUGCGUGGAAACAAACAGUAGUCAAACACAAAAAACUGAGCAGCAGUUCAGGGUCAAAAACCUUUCUAGAAAUAAAUGUGGUGUGUGGUUAUUGAACUAGGGAUUCACAAUUUUUGUGUGAAAUAGUUAGCAUACAGUGUGUUUGGUAAUUUCAUGAAAUGUGAUUGGAAACGAACUUUUACUACUUUCAAUACUAUCUUUACCACAAUUAUUUCCCACUUGCUCUAGCAUACACGCUUCAGCUCUACACAUUUUUUGUCCCUGGAGUUUACGUGCGCUUCUGCAGGCAAAAUUAAGCAAUAUGUUUUAAACAUGUUUACUUCAGGCCGCAGAUUCCAAAAUGACAGUGUGAUAUGUGUUGACGGGAAAUGAAAUAAACAGGUUUGUGCUUUUCA